UAUAUUUGGAUGAGCUGAGUUUUCGAUUAUUGUUUCCCCAAUUUUCAACCUUUUCCCUCAAUUCCAACCCCCUAAAAACCCUUCAACACUCGCCCAACACCCUCAACCACCAUUUCCAAUCGAAUCUCACUCAAAUUCUAUUCAGAAAAACAUGGAAAACGGGGCUUGUUUGUGCUGCGAAAUCAACGUACAAUGGCUCAGCAAACAGGGGGCCGUUCAAAGGAAACUGGCAAGUAAACGGGCCAAUUUGCGUAUAUUACGUGCCGACAACAAAGAUCUUUUCAUUGAAAUUGUGGCCGAAAAAUCGGGUCCGGUGAAACUCAGAUUCGGCAAAGAUUCUCAGGUGCACAACAAGUUUAUGAAAGAAGGCAAGUCUUCGAUCAAGUUUCCCAAUGAAAAUGUUACUUUGUUUUUGUCCAACGCUCCUCCGGAACAACUGAAAUUUUUUUUGAGGACAUUGUUCAUCAAAAUGGCCAAUGGUAAACCAGCUGGCACCCCAACAACAUCUCUAAGAACGCAAGUCUUAACCCACAAACCUAGCCAAUAUGACGAAAUUUCGCCUAUAACAAACGGAGAAAUGGAAAAGGCAGUCAAAAAAGCUAUCGGUAGAUCAACUGAUACAACCCCUUCGCCUUUGUCGGGCAAAAAACGCAAAAUCGAACGUACAAGCUUGGACAAAGCCCCUGCAGCUAAAAAACUCUAUGCAAAUUCCCCAAUACCAAUUGAGCAAUUAGAUAUUGAACAAAAAGACGUGCUCAGUGCCUGCCUUGCAGGGCAAAACGUGUUUUUCACCGGUAGCGCAGGCACGGGCAAAAGCUACCUGCUUAGAAAAAUAAUUGGGGCUUUGCCCCCUGAUGUAACAACGGCAACAGCUUCUACUGGAGUGGCAGCUUGUCAUAUUGGAGGCACCACUUUACAUCAGUUUGCAGGAAUCGGAGGUGGCGAUUUAAGCUUAGAAAGAAGUUUUCAAUUAGCCCUAAAGCCUCCAACAGUAACAAAUUGGAGAAGAUGCAAACAUUUGAUUAUUGAUGAAAUUUCUAUGGUUGAUGGAGGGUAUUUUGAGAAAAUUGAAGCUGUAGCUAGGCACGUGAGGAGAAACGAUAAACCGUUUGGUGGGAUUCAAGUGAUUUUGUGCGGCGACUUUUUUCAAUUGCCCCCUGUCACAAAAUUUGAGCCCGGACAGAAAAAUACUAAAAAAUUCUGCUUCCAAACGCAAGCCUGGACGAGUUGCAGGCUUAACACGUUUGAACUGAAACAAGUUCACAGACAAACUGAUAACAAAUUCAUCAGUAUUUUGAAUAAAAUAAGAAUCGGUAAGGCGGACGAGGAAGUGAUGAACAUUUUGAGAGCGACUUCCAAACAGAAAAUUGAAAGAGAUGGUAUUCUGGCAACGAGGCUGUGCUCGCACACUAAAGACGCUGAUAUUAUCAAUCAGUCGAAACUUCAAGCUUUGGAAGGAGAAUCCAAAAUUUUUGAGGCUCAAGAUUUGGUUCCGGGGUCUGGUAAGCAAUUGGACCAACUGACGCCGGUUCCUGGGACUUUGGAAUUGAAAAUAGGAGCACAGGUGAUGCUUUUAAAAAACAUCAAUGUAUCUGCUGGUCUUGUAAACGGAGCCCGUGGAGUAGUGAAAGCCUUCAAAGACAACCUUCCUCUCAUACAGUUCAGAAACAAAAAGGAAUACUUAGCUCAGAGAGAACAAUGGACAAUAAAAACCGCCGGUGGAGGCUCUUUGACUAGAAAGCAAGUCCCACUUAAAUUAGCAUGGGCAUUUUCGAUACACAAAUCUCAAGGCUUGACUUUGGAUUGUGUUGAAAUGUCUUUAGGAAGGGUAUUCGAAGCUGGCCAAGCUUAUGUGGCGCUUAGCAGGGCUCAAAAUCUAGAAACUUUACGGGUGUUGGAUUUUAAGUCAGGUCAGGUUUGGGCCAAUCCUGAUGUACUGUCUUUUUACAAGAAUAUGGAUCAAACUAGAAUUAUUCCUUUGGGUGCGAUCAACAAUAAAAAAGUCUUAGGAGCCAUGAGGAAGAAAUCUACUAUAGGGAAAUCUAAGCUGAUGAUGGAUAAACCAAUCUUGAGUAUUUCAUAGAGUAAUUUUAGUAAUUUUAAGGAAGAAUUUUUAUAUUUUAUUCGACAUUGAUUUACUUUUUAUUUAUAUUAAUUAUACGAGUCUUUCAACAA